CGGGCAAACGAAGGACGAAGGUACAGAGUUUCGUUUGCCAUCGAUUACCCUCAGCAGUCAUGUCUCUUCUUUGAGCGAUUAUCGGAUAAACCUAGAGGAUCGGAAUACAAUAUAUACUAGAUUGUAAACCCAACUAAACCCACAGGCUUUCGACAUGAAUUGAUUGGGAUAAUUUAGAAAACUUUGGGAUUACCAUGUCUGACAAAGAAUGCUAGUUUUCGACGCAAAUAAUCGCUCUUCUGAGAGUGGAAACUUUUCAAUGUAAUGUUCUGAAUGUAGUGUAACGCGAAUUAUCCGUUAUUAGGUGUUACUUGUGCGACGUGUUUUACGAGAAGUGCUCUACGCUUUUAUCAAGUGGAUGGUCGAUAACGGGCUUCUUUACGAGAAUCGAAGCGGCGUCCUUUAACGAUGCAGCCAAUCGCAGCAUCACAAUGUUCGCUUAACAAAAAAGCGCGCCUUGUAAUUAUGAGAUCAGUGAACAUUUUAACACUGCGGUGAUCCUUAUUGUUCUAUAGUUAACUCCUGCAAAGAAAGAAGGGUGGAAGAUAGGCGUCCUUAAGAUUUUUUAACGAUUAAUACGGGAGUGUGUAAGUUCUUUGUGCACUUGUACGGCAAACUGUAACCGCAAUAUACAGUAACAAAAGAAGAUCAAACAGUCUUCUGUAGCUAAGCUAAAAUUGACAUCUGCUUGACAACCUUUUGUGGGUUCAUGUCACUGAAAUGUUCGACUGAAGGGGCCCCAAAGCAACCUAAAAUGGAAGCAUACGAUCUCCGUGCACCACCGCUAGCCACUGCUACCGUGGACAGAACACUGAGAGGUUCUAGGCUAUCUACUAACGGACCACUAGGGGCUUUAGCAAAGGGACUCCCGCACGGGUUUAACGACUGUUAGUUAUUUGGAGCCAAAAGCCAUUACUGUACUCCAGCUUGCUUAUGUUUACAAGCGCAGUUUUACCGCCAGACCUGGUCGUAAUUCGAGAUCUAAAAAUCAGAGGUAUGGACAAAAAGCGCUACGUCGACUUACACGAAGAACUGCUGCGAAAGAAAUUCUACGACAAUGUUAUGAACUGUAUAUUUACGAGCAAAACACAACCUUCGUCACUAGAUCCAGGAAUUCUUAAUGGCUAUAUUGCGGAGUUUGUAGCCAUUAGUAACACCAAUAGUUCAAGAUUUCAUAAAUCCCACUCUUCGUUCCCUAUUUCGCACAAAAAAUCACAUAAGCCUCAAAAAGAAUUGGGUUAUUACAACUUUCAAAAUGCACUACAGGAUAUUCCCGAAGAGCAAUCGGAAUUCUCGGAUAUGUUGGAGAACUGUCCCGAUCAUAGCCAGGAGGUAUUGAAGUAUUUUUGCGAGACUUGUGAUGAGCCGAUAUGUUUGGACUGCACUAUGGCGGAUCAUAGAAAACACAGGUUUUGUUAUCUGAGUGAUGUCUACCACAAACAAACACACAACCUCGGUACUCUGUUAAGCCAGGGUAAGACAGAAAUCGAGACAACAAGGAAGUCACUGAAUGAGGUCAAAACACUCUUGAGUACUUUAAACGACGGAAAAAAAGCGAUGGAAAACGCGAUUCAUGAGAACACCAAGCGACUAACUCAAGCACUUUUUGAUAGGGAAAAGGAACUUCUCCAGGCUGUCGACUCGGCUUAUCAGAAUAAAGAGACUUUUCUUAGCAAGGAAAAGGAGCACUUGGAGUUGAUUCUUGAACGGUUAAACGGCAGUUGUCAUUGUACUGAGAAAGCAAUCAAAAUCGGUAACGAGCUGGAAAUGUUAGUAAUCCAAAAACAUCUGAAGCGGAAACUAAACGAGGUGAAAAACACAAGACGUGAUUUUAGUUCGACCGAGUUUCGCAGCGUACAUUAUUCAGAGCGCGAGGAUGCGGUCUCAUUAGUGAGGGAAUCCAUGGGAGAUAUUAUAGUGUCUGACACCUGCGCGGAGUUAUCGAUGGCCGAAGGUGAGGGUCUGAGGAGGGCGAAGCUUGGCGCUCCCGCCGAUAUUGUCGUCACUGCUAUGGACUUCAAUGAGAAGCGUCGGCUCCACGGUGGAGACACCGUCACUGUCAAUGUAAAGAGCCCCUCCCGUCAACUCCAGCCCCCGGUAGAGGACAAAGGGGACGGUACCUACUGCGCCUCAUUCACUCCAAGCGAAAGCGGAGACCACGAGGUCGCCAUAGAGAUUCACAAAAAGCCGAUUAAGCAUAGCCCAUUUCUUGUGCAUGUAGCAAGCCCACGGGAUUAUGCCUCGAUCGCGCGACCUUUUCUAGUGUUCGGUUCGUACGGCGAGGGGAAAGGGAAGUUUAAGCUGCCGUGUGGUGUGACGGUCGAUAGGUCAGGACGCAUCAUUGUAACAGACUGCCAUAACCACCGAGUUCAGAUAUUUGACCAGGAAGGGCGGUAUUUACGAAGCUUUGGUUCCUUGGGAGAAAAGAAUGGACAACUAAACAACCCAACGGAUGUAUGUGUUGACAAGAAUGACAAUAUAUUUGUAUGUGACAAAGACAACCAUAGAAUUCAGAGCUUCACAAAGGAGGGGCUCUUCUUAUCUAAGUUUGGAAGAUAUGGCGACGAGCCGGGAUGUUUGAAGCGUCCAUGGGGGAUUACUAUAAGCAGCAAUGGUCACGUGGUGGUGACAGAUCGCAUUAAUAGUCGGGUCCAAGUGUUUAAAGAGGAUGGCAGCUUAAUUAAGGUAGUCGGUAGCCAUGGCAGUGGUGAUGGACACUUGGACAACCCAUACCACGCAGUUGUCUCGGCCGAUGGCACCGUCUACGUAACAGACGGUAAUAACCACAGGGUUCAAGUCUUUGACUCCAACGGCAAUAACAUCAAGAAUUUUGGAAAUGACGCCGCGCUCGAAAACGCUAAGCUGAAGUACCCGACAGGCAUUGCGCUCGACAACGAGGGUCACGUGCUCGUUGGGGACCAAUACAAUCACAGGAUUCAGGUGUUUGACUUAGAGGGGGAGCUAGUCACGAGUAUCACCGCGGGACUUCAGGGCCCGGGCCAAUCGUGUUAUCCGAAGGGCCUUGCGGUCACGCCUGAAGGCCGAAUUGUGCUCGUAGAUAGUGAUAAUCAUAGAGUAGUCAUCUUGUAACCAAAAUCAUGUACUAUGGAGAUUUGCAAUGAGAAAUCACGGGACUUUCUCGCA